GUAAAAGUUUACGAAGCUGUGGUAAAUCGCAGUAUUGACGAUGGCCUGAACAUGCUGGAUUCGUAUUUGAGUCAGCUAUUUCAGCUGCUCCGUUAAAAUGUUAACAAUAAAGCUCAUUGUUCCAUGAGACGUCGCUACAACUGCGUAAAGAGAAGUCUUAUUUAAGUUAUUGGGACCAUGUCGAUCAGCUAGCCUCAAUUUGAAGGCAAUACAGUUGUUGUUUUUGACUCCCAAAGCUGUUGUUUCUUUUCUUCUAACCCGAUAUUUCUUUCUAUCCAAAUCUGAACAAUUAUGACAACACACACGAACGAUUUAGAAGCACUAUCUGAUGACGAGGCUCUUUUUGCCGAGCUUGAAAACGAAGAAGACAAUGAUAUUGCUCAAAUACGUGAAGAAAGAAUACGCGAAAUCCAGAGGGAAAUUGAAAGGCGUAAUGCAAGAGUCGAUAAUCAACAUGGCUUUUAUACCGACAUUGAAAAGGAAAAGGAAUUCAUGAACAUAACAACGUCGGAAAAGUACGUAGUUGGUCACUUUUAUCACAAAGAUUUCCGACGUUGCAAAAUUAUGGAUACACAUCUGGAGACCCUCGCCAAAAAAUACUUUAAUACAAGAUUUAUAAAAAUCGAUGUACAAAAUGCCCCCUUCUUAGUGGAGAAGCUGCAAAUCAAAAUCUUGCCAUGUGUUAUGGCUUGGAAAGAUGGCUAUGCACAAACGAAGAUUGUUGGCUUUGACGAUUUAGGAAACACUGACAGUUUUCAAACAGCAGCAUUAGAACUUAAACUUAUUCAUGCCGGUGUUAUUAAGAAGAAGGAAGGCAAGACAAAUAAUGUCAAAAAAAGUAUUUUCCAAUCUGCAGACACAGACUCAGAAUUGGAGGAUGAAUAACGAUGAGUAAAGUGAGGCAAAAAUGAUGACUCCAUCAAUAUCAAGUUUUUAUACCAUAGACCAGAUAGUCAGUGUGAAUUUGAUGAUACCACUUUUCGACAAUCUCAGGUAUUGCUUCUUUUAAGUAAAUCAGGUUAUUUCAGUUGCAAAACGUAGCCAUUUGACAUAGCUCUAGGAGCAUUUAGUUACGGGCUACUGUUUUGAGAGUUAUUAUACAUACGAUAUCUUUUUUAUUUAGUCUUUCCUAAGAAUUUAAAUGUUGUUGAAAUCAAUUGACUUUGGCUUUGUGCUCUGCCUUUUUACUUUUACUCUUAUCAAUACGAGCGCCCCAUGUGGCUAACCAAAUGGC